GAGAAACCCGGAAGUGGGCCGGAAGUGGAUGAGGAAAAGAGUGCCUUUCCCUCCCACGUGGCUUCUAGAGGAUGCCCAGAAGCCCUGCCAUGGAGGCCAGUGGGGUGGCCCCUAUUAAAGCCCAAUAUCUUUCGACAAAAGAAGCGUUUCGCUCUUGCCUCGACCAGGCAGGAGAGUCCGAAAGGAACAAAGAGGCAGAGGAGAAGGAGGACGUUCUAGAGAAGAAUGCGGAGCAAAGCAAAGACGAACCUCUUCCCAAAAUUCAAAAAGUGGAAGAUGAUGAGAACCAAAAAGCAGGGGAUGAGGAUCAAAGCAAGCCAGGGCGAAAGCGGGCGAGAGGGCAGAACAAGAGCCGGCCCUGCAUGAAGCCCACCCACUUCGAGAAGGUCCGCCUGUGUCCCUCGGUGGUCCAGGAGCGCACUGAGAAGUGUUUCUUCGGCCCACGGUGCCGCUUCCUUCACGAUGUGGAGGAAUACCUGGCGGCGAAGCCCCCGGACCUGGGCAACCACUGUGUGCUCUUCCAAACCUUCGGCAAGUGCACUUACGGGGCCACAUGCCGCUUUGCCGGUGCGCAUUUUGGGCCGGACCGGAAGAACGCAGUGGACACAGAGCGCGUGAAAGAGUGGGAGGGGAAGACAGCGGUCCGGAACAGUCUGAGCAAGGAGCUCCAGCAGAGGCUGCGCAAGAGGAAGUUCCCCUUUGAGAAGGCGCAGAGAUAUCUCUGCCACCUCAGCAAAACCAACGCCGGGGACCGAGACAGAUUGGACUGCAAACCUAUUGAUGCUGAAGCACCAGAUGCGGAACAGCUGCCAAAUGAAGACACCGCAUCACCAACUAGGCUGGAUUCAGAUCCUCUGGUGGAUGCGAUGCUUCCCAAAACCUUGGGUGCUGUGACAGAUGAAGACCUCGUGAAGCUGAGACCCAGUGAGAAGCGAAAGCUGGAUCUUGAUGGCAAGCUUUAUUUGGCUCCUUUAACUACGUGUGGCAACUUGCCUUUCCGGAGGAUCUGCAAGCGCUACGGGGCAGACGUCACCUGUGGAGAGAUGGCCGUCUGCACCAAUCUGCUGCAAGGGCAGUCAUCCGAAUGGGCUUUGCUGAAGAGGCACCACACAGAGGACCUCUUUGGCGUCCAGCUGGAAGGUGCCUUUCCGGACACAAUGACCAAGUGUGCCGAACUCCUCAACCGUACCAUCGAGGCAGACUUUGUCGACAUCAACGUCGGCUGCCCCAUUGACCUCAUCUAUAACAAGGGCGGAGGAUGCGCCUUAAUGGCCCGCACCAACAAGUUCGAGCAGAUCGUCCGUGGCAUGGACUACGUGCUGGACGUGCCACUGACUGUCAAGAUCCGGACCGGCCUCCAAGAGAAAGCCCACUUGGCCCACAAGGUCAUCCCCAGGCUCCGGGAAUGGGGAGCCUCCAUGGUCACGCUUCACGGCCGCUCGAGAGAGCAGAGGUACACCAAAGUGGCCGACUGGGAAUACAUUGCGGAGUGUGCCAAAAUUGCCAGCCCGAUGCCUCUCUUUGGAAACGGGGAUAUCUUCUCAUUUGAAGAUGCUGACCGAGGCCUGGAGACGGGUGUUUCGGGACUGAUGAUCGCCAGGGGAGCCCUGAUCAAGCCCUGGAUCUUCACCGAAAUCAAGGAGCGCCGCCAUUGGGACAUCUCCUCCUCCGAGCGGCUGGAGAUCCUCAAGGACUACACCCACUAUGGCUUGGAGCACUGGGGCUCCGACACUCAAGGCGUGGAGAAAACCCGCAAGUUCCUGCUGGAAUGGCUCUCCUUCCUCUGCCGGUACAUUCCAGCCGGUUUACUGGAGCGCUUGCCACAGCGGAUCAACGAGAGGCCCCCAUAUUACAUGGGCCGGGACUACAUGGAGACCCUCAUGGCCAGCCAAAAUGUGGACGACUGGAUCAAGAUCAGUGAGAUGCUUUUGGGUCCCGUCCCGUCCGGCUUCAUUUUCCUGCCGAAGCACAAGGCCAAUUCGUACAAAUAGGGUCGCCGCUGGAAGCAUCCCAAUGGAAACGGGUGGCUCUUUUGGUUUCUUGGAUCAUAAUAAAGAAAAGAAAGACUGUGUUUUUAA